AUGCUUUACGACAAAACGUGGGCGGUGGUCUUUAUUCACAUUUACGUGUUCAUUGGCUGCAUGAUAGGGCUGACACUGUUCGUUGGCGUUGUCAUCGCAAAUUACACCGAGAACCGAGGGACGGCGUUGCUGACUGUAGACCAGAGGCGAUGGCAUGAUUUAAAAUCGCGUUUAAAAAUGGCCCAACCGCUACACGUGCCGCCGAAGCCAUCGGAGUCGGCUCGACUUGGAACGAUAUUCUACGAGCUUACUCUCAGUCGACGGUUCAGUCAGGUUCAUUUUGAGCGUUAUACUUAG